GGUCCGGCAAUAGCCGGGGCGCGGGUAAGCUCCAAACACAACGAACGCGCAGCGUGCCAAUUGCCAACCCGUCAGCGGCAAUGGCUGUUGGCCCGGAGCAGGUGACCGGGGCGUCUCCCCGGCCGCCGAGCGGGCCAUCACGUGCCGACAGCGGCGCCCGGGCCGAGACGCAAUGAAUGUUUCAUCGGCUCCGGGCCGGCCCGUUUUCUGCACAGACACGAUCGGAGCGGCGACCGCCGGGCGACGACAGCCGCCCAUCUGUCCGGUCAUCUUUACGUGUCAGCAGCGCCGCGUAACAGACGCGCCGCUGACGCCACCGGCGCGCAGCGGCGCCACUUUCGCGCCGCGUCCUUCGUUUUUUGCCACGAGGUGGCGUCGCGCGUCGCGACAGGGGACAUCUUUGGCCGGCGGCGAUUCCAAUUAUCAUUGGCGGUGCUCGCGAUAUGCAAUGGGGUCGGUGGCGCUUGGCCGCUCUCUCCCUCCGGUGGGCGCGGGGAGGCGCGCACCGAGGUCACACGCCGACCGGCCAAUAGGGGUGAACUGAGAUGCGAUCGGCGUCGGUGCCCGGUCAGGACCCCUCGACGAGGUGUGAGCGAAAGGGUGGCUCAGACGGAGGGUCAGUCGCACCCCGGGCUCCCCGCCGGCAACCCGACAGCUCAGCGCCCCAGCCGGCAAAUAGACAGUCGCUGAGAGCGCAACAGUCUGUGAACGGGCCUCUAAAGUGACUUCUCCGCGUCCGGAGCAGCUCGAGCAGUUUUCUGAGCCCCAUCACCCAGUGUUGUCGCGAUGUCCGGUUCGGUGCGGCCCCACUUGCUGCUGAUGGCUCUGCUGGUGGUGACGGUCGCUGCCGAAUGGAAGUUCGACCCCUGGAGCCAGCAGUGGGUGAACGAGGAGGCCAAGCAGACGGUCCAGUCGCGCCAGGGACACUCCUACCAGCAGAACUACCAGCAAAACUACCAGCAGGACUACCGCGACUACCACGCCCAGAAGCGCAAGGAGACCAAGACGGUCGAGUGCAAGAAGCGCAACAGAGACGGCCGGUGUCUCACCAAGGCCGAGCGCGAGCUGCUGCUUCCCAACGGCUUCGCGCUGGGCUUCGAGCCCAAGGUGGCCUUCAACCUGUACGACGAUGCCGACAUGGGCAGACUGAGGGUGCAGAUGAAGACUGAUAUCUCGUACGUUCCGCCGGCGAAUCUGGUCGACGCCGCCGGCAGGUCCCUGGGCAGCAACGCUCGCGUGAUGAUGGACAAGAGGAUACUCUACAACACGUUCAAAACCAUGAUGUCAAAGUUCGGAGCCGACGGCGACGCGUGUCUACAGAGGGCCGUCUGUGAGGUCGCUGAGGCGCCGCUCAGGAGGGACGGCAUGAUCGGCGAGAUCCUCAACCUGGUCCUCUCGCCGUCUCACCGGCUGGACGAGUCUCUCUCCGAGGACGUGGCCGAGCUGUUGGUGGCCGAGCGGCGCGGUCGGGAGGUCGGCGAGUGCCACAUCGCCUACCCGCGCUGCCCCCUCUCGCUCUUCAACGUGAUCGACUCGGCGUCCGACUACACGGGCAGCAUCCUGGACGCCCUGGCCGACCACGACCAAAUUGUCAGCUGAACGAGACUUCAUCAACGGCGGGACACAGCGCGAGCUCGAGCGGCCCCACACCGCGCCGCACGGCUCCCGCAGCGGAGAGCUGGGAACGGUGAAUGGAAGUCCCGGAGGGUGGUCCUCACAGAAUGUGUGUUUGUUGUUAUUGUUAUUGGUUGUUGUUAUUGUUAUGGUCUGCUGGUCGAAUUGCCUCGCCGGUUGGACAUUAUUUAUGCGAGCUUGAGAAGGAGAGUUGUGUGGACCUAUGAUGAAUGGUGGCUCAUAUCCACAAGGGUGAUGUAUUGGGCUGCGUAGACCUCGUUGGCAAGAAGUGUGCGACGGAGAAGUGAUCGUCAUCAGCAGAAAAGCUAAGUAAAUGAUGCAUGGGGCAUUGCAAGCAUCCCUUGGGCAGUGCUUAAAUCAUAGGAAACGCGUUGUCCGGUUCGCGAUCAAAUACAAUUUCAUUUUGACAUUUA